CGAGAGCGCAUCAAAAAUUUAUGAAAAAAAGAAAAGAAGACAGAAUUGUGUUUUUGUUUGGUUUUGAAAGAAAAAUAAUACAAAAAUUAAAGCAUAAAUUUCGGGGCAGAGAUGGGGCGAAAGAAUUCCCCAAUGAAUUAAAGUGCGUUUGAAGAAAUGGCAAAGGCAACAGAACUUUGAUUGAUUAUCGUGGCGAAAAGCAAAAGAAAGUGCAGAAAUUGUUUUGUCAUGAUUGUGUUUUUUUUGGGUUUUCUUUCGGUUUCGUAGCUCACGUUAACGCCUAAUGUUAUGCUACAAAUGGCAAACUUUGCUUAACUAAACGAUUUCCGUUUCCCGUUUUACGUCACCUCCCUACGCUAAUGAUGCCAAACAAACAAAACGUACAACAAGACCGAAUGAAGCCAAAAGGAGGAAAGGCAACGAAACACAGGUGUUAACUAUGUAAAUGUUGAUGGGCUGUCGUGUAAAUCUAAAGUGAAAGUGUGUCUGUGUCGGUGUCCGUGUGUGUGUGUGUGUUAAAUAGGCUCACGGCAUUGUUGGGGCCGGUAGAUGUUGGUGCGUUUGUUUCGUGUCAGCGCUGAGCCCACAAGCUGUCUGUCAAUGCCAGCAUUUGGUUCUUUAAAAUAAAAAAAUAAAAAACAAAAAAUAUUUGUUCCUCCUUCCCCUGCCGACAGAGGUUGAUACUCUCCAUGGAAAAUCAUGAAAAACCAAAACAAAAACCACUUACAUUUGUAAAUGUCAAUGUGUGACAGGGGCAUUGUAAAACAAAACCCAAUAAUAAAAAUUACAAUAAAUAAUUUUACGUAUUUAAUGGCCAUUCCAAUAUACGCCUAAAAGCAGGCCAUAAAAAAACGAAAAUAAAACAACUAAAAAAAUAGCAAAACAAAACGUAAUCAAAUAAAACUGCACACCACGAGGGAAAUACAUUUCUGUUUUUUUGUUUGCAAAUCAAAAUUAAAUUUCAAUAAAUUUUCAAACAUAAAACCUUAACGAUCUUCGGAUUUUGUGUAACAUAUGCCAAGGGUUUAAAAAAGAGGAAUUUCCCACUUUCAACGAAAAGAAAAACCUAAUUUUAGGUAAAUAAAAAAAAUACAUAUUCGUGUGUGUGUGCGUGUACGUGUUUUGUCGAGUGUGCUUUUUGUGGGGAAAUGUAAAUUUGAUUUUCAUUUCCCAUUGCAAGGAAUUUAUGUUUGCAUUCCCCUGCCCCUUCGCUCCAUCAUCCAAGACGUCUGCCAUUUUCUGAAAAAAAAGAAAAUAAAAGGAACACCAUAAAAUUAGGCAACAAAGGACAAAGGAAUUUUUGGGGAAAAAAAUCGUACAUUUGGAAUGCCAGCAAUAACCCAAAGCGUGCGACUUGUGUAGGCUCCCCCCACCACCACUCCGCCAGCCUGGACACAAACCCAGUUGAAAAUGCAUUCCAUUUGCAAAGAGUUGCUCCUGCAGCCACAGUUGCUUCAAUUGCCACAGAGACAUAAAUUUUGCUUAAGAUAAAACUUUAUAACAACAGACAAUUGCAAACAGUCGUUUUCGUUUUGUUUUCGGUUCAGGUUUGUCCUGAAUUUCCAAAAAAAAUUCCCAACCCCCUCUCUGGUAGGGGAAGAAAUCUGGUGUAUUUAUUUAAACUUCCAUUUCAUUUGGAGUAGCUCCACUCCAUGGUGUCAUAAAGCUCAAUAAUUGCAGAAGACCUGCAAAAUAUAUAUAAACUAAAAGAGAGCCCUUCCCCCUUCCCUACAUUGCUCAAAAACCACCCCCUCCCCCCUCAAAAUGAGCUCAAAAACAGAAUGUUGUUUUCUAAACCUCCGCACCUACCUGAUAUAUUUAUGCUGCUAUCUGCUGGUGGUGGUGGCAGCCGGUUCCCGGGUGGUCAACGGUUUGAAAUGUUAUUGCAAUCCCAAGGAGUGUGACGUCAUCAGUUCACUGGAUUGCCCCGGCAAGGGGUUGAUUGUUUUGGAUCCAUGCAACUGUUGUCCCAUCUGCGCCAAGACCGUGGGUGAGGUAUGUGGCGGCCCCGGAGAUUUUUCAGGACGCUGUGAACCACCGUUAAAAUGUGUGGCAAAAUUGCCAACCGCCAAUGCGCUGGGAGUGUGUAUGGAUUUAGCAUUCUCCAGCACCUCAACGAUAACAUCAUAUCACAAUCAUCUGCAUCAUCAAAAUUGUACAAAAUCGGAGCGGAUACGAAUCAAGAAGGGAUGUGAAAUCAUCGAUAAACGUUGCCAUUGCUGGCCGACGUUAAAAGUGUGUCGAAAUCAGGUGAACACCGGAUCGGGUUCGAGAAUUCUGCGAUGGCAUUUCAAAACGCUGGAGGACUGCCAAGUUAAUUUAGUGAGCCUCAUAAAAACGGAAUUGGAUUUCGAUGAGGACUAUACAAUAGCACCGAAUUUGUUUUCACACAAAAAGACAAGACGAAGGAAGAAAUUUCGAACAAAAGAUGACAAUGACUUUGACUAAUGCUUGAAGUUUCUUCAAAGCUUUUGCUCAAAAGCUGCAACACAGACAUACACACAAUGAAAACUGGAAAACAACAACAAAUAAGCAACAAUAAAUGACCACCCUUACAAAAACAACAACAAAAAAUAACUAAAUAAUACAACAACAACUCCUAACAAUGAAACUUGAAUGUAUUUAAAAGGAUAGGCAAAAUAGAAACCAAGCAAAAAAAAAACAACAACUUUUCCAUUUUGUAUAAAUGUAUUGUAUAGAGAAAACCCCCAACAACAACAAACAAAAGAGAAUAAUAAUAACAGAAAGCUUAGUACUAGCAAACAGAAAAAAAAAACAAAUAAAUAAAUAUUGAUGUAUUAGUGUUAACAUAAACAAAAGUCAGGUGUUUUUGAAAGCUUCAAAAACACUUAAGCCCCCCCAGAGGUAAAAAAGAAUACGAAAACGAAACUUGAGAAAAACAAAGCUUUUUAUAAAAAAGUUGAGAAAUAUUUAUUAAAUCCCAUUAAAUAAUGUAAAGAUAUAAAUGUUGAAAUUAAAAAAAAAUACCAAAAAUAAAAAAAUAUAAACGAAAUCAAAUAAAUAAACAUGUAUACAAUUAUUUAUACAUAUAUACAUAUAAAAGAAAUAUAUAUAAAUUAGUAUUAUGUAUUUACAAACAAAAUGACAAAUAUCAAAAUAAUUCAUUGCCAUGAAGCUUUGAACCAGGCUUGUUUUUGAUUAUUUUUUUUUUAAUUUUUUGAAAUUUGUAUUUGAAUUUUACAGAGAAAACAAAAAUAUGAUAAAAACCGGAACUGUAUUUAAAGACAUGUAACUUUGCAGCAAAUAAUGAAGACAAUAGUAAUAAGCUGUUCAGAUGAAACAAAAAAAAACACACAAACACAGAAAAACGCCCAAAAGUAUACUCCAGAAAAAAAACACAAAUUAAUAGAAAACUGAAUUGAUUUCUGCCAUACCGAAUAUGCAAUAUUUUAUGGAAAACUUCAAAAUCCACUAAGCUUUCCAUGUCAAACCGAAUAAAGCUCCUGGCUCUAUUAACUUGAAAUGAAAACUCAGCCAAACUUUUCCAGCUUGCAAAC